AUGUAGUUAGAGGAUUAAAUAGAAUAACUAAAGCAAUUUUUAGAGAAUGUAAAUGUCUAUAUUAAAAUAUGUAGUAUAGAGUAUUAUCUGCAGAAAUAGAUCAAAUAAAUGAUGUAAUUAAAUUAGUAUUUAAUAUGUUAAUGAAGGCUCAAUCAUUAAAAAACUAUAAAAUUAAUUAAGAAUUCUUAUAGUUUUAACAAGUUAAAUUGAAAGUUGACGUUUAAGAUUAUAUGAUAAAGAAAAUGAAGUGA